UGAGGGAGGAGAGCGGAGCCAGCAGAGCAGAGAGAGCAGAGAUACUCGCUCCCGUUAUCACCUGAGGACAAGUUCAGCUGCUUCUCCCACAUCUUCAUCUUCAGCACAUCUUCUCCCCGCGUCGCUAUGGACUGUCGAAAAGAGGGGUGCAGUCAGCCACAGGACGAAGAUAUCAUGGACAUCCCACUCGAUGACCCGGCCGCUAACAAGGCUGCUACUAAGAUUCAAGCUGGCUUUCGGGGCCACAUGACCAGGAAGAAGAUGAAGGACGACAAGCCCAGAGAAGAGAAACAAAGAGAGCAGAAGUAGCUUCAGAGGACGUCCCGCCGCCGCCGCCGCCACAGCCCUGACGGUUUUACUUUCCCUGAGCAUGGCGGAGCACACACAUCACUGCAAUAACCAGAGGUCUUUUGCCGAAGAGAAACCUUCAGUGUAUGAUAUAUACAAGUGUAAACUUAGAAGAAAAAAAACUAGGUCCGGAGUCUGCCCUCAGAUCAACGGCCUUUCACUCCUCCUCUGCUUCCGAUAAAGUCUGGACGUUAGUCUGUGGCACACAAUAGCCUCUCAGCAUGUUAUAUAGCUUCUGUGGAAAGUCAGUUUCAUUUUCUUUUUUUUUUUAGACAAUCAAAUGAUUAUUUGUAGUGAAAGGCAUGUUCUCUGUGGCUACUAGCAGAACAAGCCAAAAAGUGAGGGAAUUUGUUGAUUCGUUUUUCUUUUUUUUGUGCUCACUUCCCUGGCUGUAUUCUUACAAUAUGGAAGUAUGCAUUUAUUACAAGACAGGCCAUUGCCUUUUCUAGUGUGACUUUGUUUCUGCCUGUUUAAUAAAGCAAAAUGGGUUGGA